AUGCUGGCUCAGAGGAGGAAGCUGCUGCAGUACCUACGUCGGUCAAACUUUGAUGCCUACUCGAAAAUGCUGUCGAGUCUGGGUUUGAAGGACACCUACGCAAAACAGCCAACCCCCAGCGGGCGCGACCGCAGCCAUACCACUGACUAUGUCAUCAUUGGCUCGGGCAUUGGAGGUCUCUGCUGCGCAGCGCUGUUGGCCAAGUACGGCUACAGCGUGACUGUGUGCGAGAGCCACUACCAUGCGGGCGGGGCAGCGCACUCCUUCGAGGUGCAAGGCUACCAAUUUGAUGCAGGGCCGUCCUUCUUUGCCGGUCUCAGCGGCGAGGCCGGGGGAUCCCCCAACCCCCUCAAGCAGGUGCUGGACGCUGUAGGGGAGUCUGUGGAGUGUGCUGUGUAUGACCGGUGGGUAACGUACACGCCGGAGGCGACAUUCCAGACGGUGUGCAAUGCGGAGCGCUACGCAGCGACUAUUUUAGAGCAGGGGGGGCCAGAAGCAUUGCAGCAAUGGCGGGCCCUGGAGAGGGAGAUGGCGCCGUUGCAGCAAGGGGCCGCCACCUUCCCUGCAGCUGCCCUGCGCAGCGACCUUGGUGUACUGCUGACAAUGCUGCGAUUCUUUGGGCCGUCGCUGGCAAAAACAGGGCUAGUGGCACCGAAGCUGACGGCGCCAUUCGCCAAGAUUGUGGACAGAGUUGUGACUAACACCUGGCUCAGACGCUUCCUGGACCUGGAGUGCUUCGUGCUCAGUGGCAUGCUGGCCAAGGACACGAUCUGCGCGGAGAUGGCCUUCAUGCUGAUGGAGCGAAACAGGGCAGGGUCAACGAUCGAUUACCCUUUGCAGGGGUCGCGCGGUAUUGUGGACGCCCUAGUCAGGGGCAUUGAGAAAAGCGGCGGCCGGAUCAUGCUGCGCGCUCGCGGGCAGGAGAUAAUCCGGGCGCGCAGGGCGGUGAUUAGUAAUGCGUCCGUCUGGGACACUCAGCGGCUGCUGCCGGCCGGGGCCGCCCCCGCCAGCUGGCGCCAGGAAGCCAUGACAACGCCCCAGACCGGCAGCUUUGUGCAUCUCCACCUAGGCAUCAAUGCAGAGGGGUUGCCAGCCGAUCUGGAUUGCCACCAUCUCAUAGUCAACUCCUGGGAGGAUUUGGAGGCGCCACAGAAUGUGUGCAUAGCAUCAAUCCCCACAGUCUUCAACCCGCGGCUUGCGCCCCCGGGCAAAGCACUUGUGCAUGCGUACACUGCCGGCAAUGAGCCCUACUCUGCCUGGGAGGGCCUCGACAGCAACAGCGAGCAGUACAGGCAGCUCAAGGAGGAGCGGUCUGAGGUGCUGUGGCAAGCUCUGGAGAGGGCUAUCCCAGACGUGCGUGAGAGAGCGGAGCUGGUGAUGGUGGGAACGCCCCUAACCCACGAGCGCUUCUUGAACAGGCACCGCGGAACCUACGGCCCCGCCAUCUCCGCAGCUUCCGGCAACUUCCCCGGGCCGCAGACCCCCAUCCCCGGCCUGUACAGGUGCGGGGAUUCAUGCGCGCCCGGCAUCGGCGUCCCGGCGGCUGCGGCGAGCGGCAUGAUCACAGCAAACACUCUGGCGCCAGUGCAGAAGCACCUGCAGCUGCUCAACGCACUCGGCUUGUGA